AUGGCGACUAAAACUACGGAGAAGUCUCAGCGUUCCCCACUCUCUCUAUACCGGCUGGUUUUGUCUCAGGGUACCAUUACCGAUGAAGUCCUCGAGCAUCAAUGGGAAGGGGAUGGAACCGCUGAAAGCCCAUAUCUCGUGGAGUGGCUGCACGAGGACCCGCGAGAUCCACAUCAAAUGCAGGAGUGGCUAAAAUGGUCUAUUACUCUACUCCAGGCCGCGUCUUUUCUCUCCAUAACAUUCGCCUCAUCUUCACUUUCUGCCGCCAACCCCCAGAUUCAGGAGCAGUUUGGGGCUAGUACGGAGCUGGUAGUUGCCGAUACGUCGCUGUUCGUGCUCGCCUUUGCCAUUGGCCCUGCGGUAUGGGCACCUCUCUCAGAAUUAUAUGGCCGACAAGUGAUAUAUUUCAUUACAUAUGGGAUGACCACUCUCUUUGCUGGGGCGACUAUCGCCAGUCCCAACAUCGCAACUCUUCUGGUUCUUCGAUUCUUCUCCGGAGCAUUUGGUUCAUCUGCCAUAUCCAAUGCUGGAGGUGUCGUGUCUGACAUGUACACAGCGCGUGACCGAGGACUAGCCACCAUUGCUUUCAUUGGAGCUCCUUUCCUUGGUCCUAGCCUUGGGCCUAUUGCUUGUGACUUUUUGGCAGUGUCCAAGGGGUGGAAGUGGGUUCAAGGACUCACUACAAUCUUCAAUGGAAUGAUGUUCUUGGUGGGAAUUUUCCUGGUUCCCGAGACUUACUCCCCCGUUCUUCUGCAAAAAAGGGCAGUAAAACUCAGCAAGAUGACAGGUGCUGUUUACAAGAGCCGGCUCGAUGUGGAACAGGGACACAAAACAGCUGGCCAGGUCUUUACGAAAACGAUGGUGCGCCCUUGGAUUUUGCUUUUCUUAGAGCCAAUUGUGCUACUCCUUUCAAUCUACAUGGCUAUCAUAUAUGGUACAAUGUACAUGGAAUUCGCCGCUUUCCCUAUCGUGUUUGAAGAAGCCCGCCAUUGGCCACAGAGUACUUCUGGGUUAUCCUUUUUAGGAAUGAUGAUUGGUCAGAUACUGGGAUGCGCUUACUCCAUUCUUGACGAUGGCCGAUACAAAAAGAUUGCUGAUCGAACCAGCUAUGGUCGCCCUCCCCCGGAGGCACGACUGGUCCCUGCCAUGGUCGGAGCCGUGACGCUGCCCAUUGGCCUGUUCUGGUUUGCCUGGACCAACUUCCCCAGGAUUCACUGGAUUGUCUGCCAAAUUGGAACUGUCCUCUUCGGAUUCUCCCACGUCUCUAUCUUCCUCAGUGUGGUCAAUUACCUCGUUGAUGGCUAUACUGUCUAUGCCGCCUCGGCGUUGGCUGGGAAUGCCGUCAUACGUGCUCUCUUUGGUGCAGCCUUUCCUCUCUUCACUACACCUAUGUACGAUCGCUUGGGUAUUCAUUGGGGAUCUUCGAUUUCAGCAUUUCUCGCAGCGGCUUGUCUCCCAUUUCCCUGGAUAUUUUACAAAUACGGCCCUGCUAUCCGACGCCAUUGUCGAUAUGCGGCGGAGUCUGCCCGUCAGCUAGAUGCUAUGACUGACCGUAUGAGGGCCCAGAGUGAGCAGAAGACCGCGGGCGAAAAGUCCACCGAGCAGUCUGCACAGGCUGAGAGCUCUGCCUCUGCUACAACCAAUGAGGAAAUCAAUCUUCCCCAAAAAGACGACAUGGCUUGA